CUCCAAUUCCACACCCACGACGCCCAUUCCGCGUCAUUCUGGUGCAUUAAUUAACCCGCAUGAGUCGCACCUCCAUUCUCGACUAAAGAACCAUUGCACCCUGCGCCUGGGGCUCAGGACGCGCCAUCGACACGUCUCCGCACCAAGCACCUCAACCUACCUACCGAGUGUCGGAAUAACCCCCCCGCCCACCACCAUGGACGACAUCCCCUCUACAACCCCAGAUGAAGCGGUGCGCCUGUCCGCAAAGCGGACGACCGAAAUCUUUGGCCCCGACUACCUGAUGGUCACCCCCUCUGCCGGCAAUGGCUCCAUCGGCCUCUCCUACCGGCGCAAAGCAGAAUACGCCGACGUGAAGGAACUCCCCCCAGCGCUCGCCGAAAAGCAAGCCAAAGCAGUGGCCGCUGGACGCGCCAAACGCCCGAAGAUCCAACCGCAGCCCCAAACCGCCGCCGCGGACAGCAGCGGCGCGUCUAUGGCCCUGGUCAAGAAAGCCCCCGGCCUGGCAGCCGGCGGUGUCGGCGGUGAGAAUGCGCCGAAGAGUCUGAUCCAACGUCCCUCGGCGACAAAACAGCAGAGACCCGACUGGCACCCACCAUGGAAGCUCAUGCGGGUCAUCUCCGGCCACCUGGGUUGGGUGCGCAGUUUGGCCGUCGAGCCGAACAACGAGUGGUUUGCCAGUGGUGCGGGCGAUCGAACCAUCAAGAUCUGGAAUCUCGCCACGGGUGCCCUUCGUCUCACUCUUACGGGUCACAUUUCGACCGUCCGCGGCCUGGCCGUAUCUCCCCGACAUCCCUACCUCUUCUCCUGCGGCGAGGACAAAAUGGUCAAGUGCUGGGAUCUGGAAACCAACAAGGUCAUCCGUCACUACCACGGCCACCUCAGCGGCGUGUACACUCUCGAUCUGCACCCCCGUCUCGACCUUCUUGUCACCGGCGGUCGCGACGGAGUAGCCCGCGUCUGGGACAUGCGGACCCGCAGCAACGUCCACGUUCUCAGCGGCCACAAGGGCACCGUAGCCGACGUGAAAUGCCAGGAAGCCGACCCCCAGAUCAUUACCGGAUCCCUCGACGCCACUGUCCGACUAUGGGAUCUGGCUGCAGGAAAAUCCAUGGGCGUGCUCACCCACCACAAGAAGGGCGUGCGGGCCCUCGCCACCCACCCGCGCGAAUUCACCUUUGCAUCCGCCAGCACAGGGUCAAUCAAGCAAUGGAAAUGCCCCGAGGGCGACUUUAUGCAGAACUUCGAUGGCCAAAACGCCAUCAUCAACACCCUGUCCGCCAACGAAGACAACGUCCUCUUCUCCGGCGGCGACAACGGCUCUAUGUGCUUCUGGGACUGGAAAACGGGCUACCAAUUCCAAAGCAUCGAAUCCACCGCUCAGCCCGGCUCCCUGGAAGCCGAAGCAGGUAUCAUGGCAUCGACAUUCGAUCGGACCGGCCUACGUCUCAUCACCGGUGAAGCAGACAAGACCAUCAAGAUCUGGAAACCGGAUGACGAAGCAACGGAGGAAUCCCACCCUGUUACUUGGGCCCCGACCUUGGGGAGACAGAGGUAUUAGGUAGUUUUGUUUUACCACUGCUACUGCUACUGUUGUCUAUCCAUCAUACUUCUUAAGUAACUUUGAAAUACCCCGACUUUUAUUUUCUUUUAUGCUAUGCAAUGCACAUUGGAGUUCAGCGUUAGUGAAUUAUCAUGGUAUACUAGUUUAGUUUAGUUAUUGGGGGGUUGUUUGGGCUCAUAAAAGGAAUCAAUGUAUCAUAAUUCUUGCUAGGGCUUAGACUUGUGUCUGUUCUCAUGGCACUUGGUUAGUUGCUUGUAGGUGUGACGAUCGGUUGGUGUGGGAUUGUGGCUUC